GGGUUAAAGAGUGCACAGGUGUAUAAAUCGAGAGUCUGAGGGUACUGAGUCACAUCAACACUUGAAACUUGCUGAACAAAGGUUACUCUGUAAUCGGAAAGCAGAAAUCUGGAAUCAUGGUGAAAGGGUUGAUGUUCGUGCUUUUGGUCCUGGUGGCUGCCUCCUCCAGCUUUGGAAAACGUGAAAAUAAUAGUUCUGCCAAAAAGGAAAAUAAAUUUCCACAGACUCUGUCCAGGGGGUGGGGUGAUGAGCUAAAUUGGACUCAGACCUACGAAGAAGCUUUAUUCAGAGCCAAGUCAAGCAACAAACCCCUUAUGGUCAUCCAUCACCUGGAGGAUUGCCCCCACAGUCAAGCUAUGAAGCAAAUAUUCGCAAAUAACAAAGAAAUUCAGAAGAUGGCUGGAGAGGACUUUAUCCUGUUGAACCUUGUGUUUGAAACUUCAGACAAGCACCUUGCCCCAGAUGGUCAGUAUGUGCCCAGAUUCAUCUUUGUUGACCCGUCUCUGACAGUGAGAGCUGACAUAACUGGAAGAUAUGGAAACCGUCUCUAUGCUUAUGAACCUGCAGACAUUGAUCUGUUGCUUUCCAACAUGAAGAAAGCCAAGAAUCUACUGAAAACUGAAUUCUAGGAGGAGGAAGCUGUGUAACCUCUGAGAGGUCCUUGAAAUUCCUCGUGCUAGGAUUCGUGUCUAGCAGCACACAGCCUGGGCAGUUUACUGCUGCAACGUUAAGCACUGGUGUAUUACAUGUUUCAGAAUCCUUGUCACAAAGUAUGUUUAGAAUAAGCAAAAAUACAGCUGUUAAUUGCUUUAUUAAAAUAAGCUGUUUACAAUAAA